CAGUAGUACUGUGGUAGAUUGAAAAAUUAUUGAAUCUAGUGGAAAUAAAAUUCGUUAUUUCAUAAUAUUAAUGAUAAGAACUUAGGAUUCUUGAUAACAUGUUUAAAGUAUAAAAACAUGCCAUUUUAUACAGAACUUAAUCAAAAGAAUAAAGGAAAAUCAUGAAAAGAGUUCAAAUUGAAUAUGCUUUUUAAUUACAAAACUAUAAUCUAUAUUUAUGAUGUAAUAGGAAUAAUA